GAUUCCGUCACAUCCGGGCUAGAUCGUUCAGCUGAGUGAGAGAGAAGACUCAGGAGAGACUGUUCACUGACUGUUCAGAGAGAGCGAAAGAGAACAAAAUGGCGACGGGCACUUCGUCUCAAAGCGAUUCUUCUGGAUCGGGAGACGACAGCACUGAUCGACUAAAGCAACUUUAUCCUGCAUUAGAUGAAGAUGAAACACCUCUACCCCGUUCUUGGAGUCCCAAAGACAAAUUCAGUUUUAUUGGACUCUCCCAGAAUAACCUCAGAGUUCAUUACAAAGGUGUUGGCAAAACCCACAAAGAUGCUGCCAGUGUCCGUGCUACCCACCCCAUCCCAGCCUCUUGCGGGGUCUACUACUUUGAAGUGAAGGUCAUCAGCAAAGGCAGAGAUGGCUACAUGGGUAUUGGACUUUCUGCUCAGGGAGUCAACAUGAACAGGUUGCCUGGAUGGGACAAACAUUCUUAUGGUUACCACGGCGACGAUGGCAACUCGUUCUGUUCGACUGGGUCAGGGCAGACGUACGGGCCCACAUUCACCUCAGGGGACACCAUUGGCUGCUGUGUGAACCUCAUUGACAACACCUGCUUCUACACUAAGAAUGGUAUCAAUCUAGGUAUUGCUUUCACAGAUCUUCCGGCCAACUUGUACCCGACUGUGGGCCUUCAGACUCCCGGCGAGGUGGUGGAGGCAAACUUUGGACAAGCUCCAUUUGUCUUUGACAUUGAGGACUACAUGAAGGAGUGGAGGGUCAAAACAAAGUUAACCAUCGAGAGGUUCCCUGUGUCUGACCGGAGGGGAGAGUUCCAGACAGCUUUAAACAGAAUUGUGUCCACCUACUUGGUCCACCAUGGCUAUUGCUCAGCCGCUGAGGCCUUCUGCCAGUCCACCAACCAGCCAGUGGUGGAAAACAUUGAAUCUAUAAGAAACAGACAACGUAUUCAGAAACUAGUCCUGGCAGGUCGAAUGGGGGAGGCCAUUGAAUCCACCCAAUCUCUGUACCCGAAGCUGCUGGAAGCUAAGCCCGACCUCCUGUUUAUGCUCAAGUGCCGGCAGUUUGUGGAGAUGGUCAAUGGGACGGACAGUGAAGUGCGUGGAGGUGUCUCCCCUUAUGGGCCGGCCAGUCACAGCCGUAGCCCAAAGUCCCACCAGUCGGGUGAGGGCAGCAGUCGCUCUAGUCCUUCCCACAGCCCGCACGCCCAGGCCUCCAUCCCACCCACCACCCCGCAGUUCCCACAGCAAACGCAGCACUCCUUCCAUUAUAAUCAACAGCAGCAUCAUCGUAGCCCUGGCAGCUCCAGCUCCAACAGUCCCAGUCGAGCGUCGGCUUCAGGAAAACAACACCCGAGCCCGGCCUCUUGUCCUCCGCCCAGUCUGCACCAGCAACAGCAUAGCAACAGCUAUAACAGUAGCGGUGGUGGUGGUGGUGGCGGCGGUGCUCAGGCCAACAACCAGACAGAGUAUGCCCACAUGGAGGAGGAGGCCAUGAUGAACUCGGCCAACAGUGCGGCCAGCGGAGAUCACAUGGCCAUGAACGGUGGCCCCCGUCUCAUUCAGGCCGAGGAGAUGGAUUUGUCUGACGAGGGAGACCACUCCAGCACCUUGUCCAACGGCAAUUCUCAUCUCAACGGGAACUCAUCACACUGUGAGGACGAUGAGGACAUGGAUGUAGACGGCCCAUCUCAACGUCGACAGAUGUGUGGGGGCAAUGAAGCAGCCAUAGAGAAAAUGCUAACAUUUGGUCGCGAGUUAAAGGUCAUGAGUCAAAGGUUGAGGAAGGAGUUUGGCAAAAGUGAGGCCAACAAGAGAGCUCUACAGGAUGCCUUCAGUUUGCUCGCAUACUCAGACCCGUGGAACAGUCCGAUUGGCAGUCAGUUGUUACCCGUGAAGCGAGAGCCUGUCUGUGCAGCUCUCAACAGUGCUAUAUUAGAGUGUAAAGGCCUGCCCAAGCAACCCCCACUGGAACUGACCAUUGCCCAGGCCGGCCAGUGCAUGCGACUCAUGUCCAAGUCUGGCAUUGGAGCCUGUGCGUUUGCCAGUGUGCUCGACUACCUGCACUAACACAAGGCCUUGGUCUCCCUGUAGACCUGCACGCAAGCUGUGAGUGAUGCCGUCUGUCUGUCCCAGCUCCACGAUCUGACUCAAAGCAAGUGGCGACAUCAGAUGGUCCUCCAACUCCCACCACUACAGUGAUUUCUCAUGUGUGCUCUGUGCUUAGGUCCCUAUUAGACCGAGUGAAUGGGUCGGUUAUGUGAUUUGUACUUGAAUGAUUGUGUGGGCUAUGUGAUUUGUAUGUGAACUAUUGUUUGGGCAUUGUGAUUUGUACUUGAAUGAUUGUUUGGGUUAUGUGAUAAACGUAUGGCCAAUGUGA